AUGUAUCAAAAAAUCCCAAUUACUUUGUUUAGGGUAAGCAAGAUUGGUAUAAAAAAAUACGCAACCAAUAAAGUCUAAACAAGUAAAUACACAUGGUUUAAUUUUGUUCCAAAAAAUAUAUUAGAACAAUUUACUAAGCAAGCAAACUUAUAUUUUUUAGUAAAAUAUAUUAUUAUAUCAAGAUUUUAGCAGUUUUAUAAGCAAUACCAAUUAUUUCAAUAUCGGAUGGUUAACCGACAAUAUUGCUACCAUUGAUUUUCAUUUUGAUUGUUACCAUGAUGAAGGAUUUAUAUGAAGACACAAAAAGAAAAAAAAGUGAUAGUUAGGAAAACGAGAAUACAUGCCUUUUAGAAUCAGGCUAAAUUUUAUAAUGGCAGGAGAUCCGUGUAGGUGAAGUUCUGAAAGUAAAAAUCUGAUCUAACAAGAUAAGAGAAAAUGAAUAGUUUCCGUGUGAUGUCUUGCUUCUAAAGAGUGUUCAAAAAACAGGGGAAUGUUAUAUUGAGACAAAAAAUUUAGAUGGUGAAACAAACCUGAAAUAAAAAAAAGUUCCAUAAAUCCUUUUAUAAUAAGGAGCUGAAAUUUUUAAUCACAUAGUAGUCUAAUACGAUAUGCCUAACAAUUAGCUAUAUAAAUUUUCAGGCUCCUGUUAUUUUAACUUGGAUAAAAUUUAAGAAAAUGAUAUUUUUUCGCUAUUGAACCAAAAGGAGAAUUUGAAUGAUUAAUUAACAACUCUGCAAUCUUAGAGGAAUAAGGAUUAAUAAAUAAAUCUUAUAAUAUCUUAAGUAAGAACUUUGGAAGAAGAAAUAGAAAGAAUUAGAAUUUAAAAAAUUGCAUUAGAUAAUAAUAAUAUCAUUUUAAGAGGAAGCAUUUUAAAAAAUACAAGUCACAUUAUUUGUUUGGCAUUAUAUACAGGGCACGAUACUAAAAUAAUGAAAAAUACAAUCAAAGUCAAAUAUAAAUAAAGUUCACUUGAAAAGUAACUGGGAAAAAGAAUCAUAUUUAUUUUUCUUCUUUAGUUAGGUAUUUGUCUUUUUUCUUCUCUAUAUUAUUCGAUUUGGUUUAAUGAAAAUUAUGAAACUUUGACUUAUUUAGAAAUAAAGAAAUCAACUUAUAUUGACAAUUCUUUUGCCUACAAUUUUUUUGUAAGAUUAGGAAAUUGGAUAUUAAUGUUUGGGUAUUUUUCGUGUUUAUAUAGAAAUCUUGUUCCAAUAUCUUUACUAGUAACUUUAGAAACAGUUAAAUUUUGUCAAGCAUUUUUGAUUUAAUUUGAUAAGAAGAUGAGUUUAAAUGAAUAAAGAUGUUCGGUUUAAUCCUCAAACUUAAACGAAGAAUUAGGACAGAUUAGAUAUGUUCUCAGUGAUAAAACUGGAACCUUGACAAAAAAUUAGAUGAUAUUUAAGAAAAUAUGUAUAGAUGGGACUUCCUAUGGUAAUGAUUAUCAAAAUAUUUCACCCAUUGAUUUUGUAUAAUUUGAUGAUUAAACUUUUAUAGAUAAAUUAAAUUAAAAUAAUCCUAUUAUAGAGAAAACAUUAUUAUUAAUAACUUUAUGCCAUUCUGCAAUAAUUUAGAAAAUUCAAGAUGAAUUAUAUUAUAAUGUUACUUCUCCUGAUGAAUUAGCUUUAUUAAAUUUUGCUAAAAAAUUUUAAAUCACAUAUAAUGGGAUUGAUGAAAACAACAUAAUAACAAUAAAUUAUAGGGGGAAGCAAAAAUAGUUUUAAUUCCUAUAUUUAUUUGAAUUUACGAGUGAAAGAAAGUGCAGUUCAGUACUGGUAUGUGAGAAGGAAACAAAUAUAAUUUAUUUAUUCUCAAAAGGAGCAGAUUCUGUAAUGUUAUAGAAAUAACUUCACUAAAAUAUUGAAAAAUCUAAGAAUUAGUUCAACAAAUAUAUAUCGGAAUACUCUGAAAGAGGACUAAGAAUUCUACUUUUAGGGUAUAAAGAAAUACAUUGGAGUGAAUAUGCUUAAUGGGAAUCUUUAUAUAAAUAAGUAAUUACUCAGAUGGAAGACAGGCAAGACAAAAUGGAGGUCUUAUAAGACUAGUUAGAAAAAGAUCUAACAAUCUUAGGGUUAACUGGGAUUGAAGACAAAUUGUAAGAUAAUGUUGAUGAAACUAUAUAUUGUUUGAGAUAAGCUGGGAUAAAUAUUUGGGUACUAACAGGAGAUAAAAUCGAAACUGCAAUCAAUAUAGCAAAAUCAUGCAAAUUGCUUGAUUAAAAGAUGAAAAUUUAAAUAAUUUAGUAACCGAUUUAUGAAGAUAUAAUUGCAAAUUUAAAAUAAAGUGAUGCCUUUGUUGUCUCAGGUGAAUGUUUGACGUUAAUUCUGGAAGAUACAAUUUUAGAGAAUUUAUUUUCAAAAAUUACUGAAAAAUGCUAAUCUGUUUUAUGUUGCAGAGUCAGCCCAUUGUAAAAGCAAUAAGUAAAUAGUAAAUUUAUUUGAAGGUAGUUUGCUUUGUAAGAAAAUAUUUUUCUAUGUAAUCAUCUUUAGCAAUUGGAGAUGGAGCAAAUGAUGUUAGUAUGAUAACAAGCGCAAAUGUCGGAGUGGGUAUCUUUGGGAUAGAGGGAUAACAAGCAGCAAGAGCAUCCGAUUAUGCUAUUGGGGAAUUCUAGUAAUUAAGAUAAUUAUUGCUGGUACACGGAAGGGAAUCAUAUAGAAAAAAUUCAGAGUUAGUUUUGUACAAUUUUUAUAAAAAUGUGAUUUUGGUUUUUCCAUAAUUUUGGUUUUCCAUUUACAAUAAUUUUAGUGGAUAAAGAAUUUAUGACAACUUAAUUUAUUAGGCUUACAACAUAUUUUAUACUUCUGUGCCGAUCUUAAUUUUUGCAAUUUUCGAUGCAGAAUAUUCAGAAUAAAUGCUUUAUUCAAAUAAAUACUCAACAUAUUCUAUUGGGUUAACAAGUAAAUAAAACUUAAUAUUAAUUUAGAUAGUUGCUUUAAUACAUCAUUGUUUAUAUUAAUGUUAGUUAAUUCAAUUUACUCAUCAACAAUUAUUGCAUUUUUUAGCAUUUAUAUUUUUGAUUAAAGCACUCAUUAAGCAGGCCGAUAAUUAUCGAUUUGGUACACUGGCACAGUAACCUUUUGGUUGGCAAUUUUAAUAUCCAAUUUAAGAAUAGUAAUCAUUUCGAAUACAUGGUCACCAGCACACAUAUUUUUCUUAUUUGGGAUGAUUGCUAUGUUCUUUUUCACUCUUUUAAUUUUUGAUGAUUUUACUUCUUUUGACGGAGUCUAUAAAAUCUUUUUAAGGUAAUUAAUUUAUUAAAUUUUAGUGUGUUUAGAUCAACAGGAUUUUAUUUAGUUUGCAUCCUUGUAAUUGGUUCGACAUCUGUAAUAGAUCAUCUAUUGAAUAGAUUUACUUACUUUAAUAAAUAGCUUCAACCAAUAAAUAAUAGGAUAUACUAGUUAGAAUCAUAAUGA